AUGAAGAGCGUCUCUCUAGUUCUCGCAGCAUUGCUUUGUGCCUCCCACCUCGCAUUCUCUGCUAGAGUUGUCCCAGAGAAAGAGAAUGAAUCGCUAGACCCACAGGGGUAUGGUGGUGGUCAUGGUCACUCUGCCGAGCCAGAAGGAUCCCGCUAUGGUGGUGGCGGUCACCACGGCCAUGCUGACACAGAAGGCUACCACGGUGGCUCUGGUGGUCGUGGCGGCUAUGGUGGCCACGCUAAUGCAGCUGAGCCACAAGGAUAUGGGGACCAUGGUGGGUAUGGUCACCGUGGCAACGGCGGUGGUCAUGGCCACGGUGACUCAGUUGAGCCACAUGGAUAUGGAUAUGGAAACGGUGGUUACGGUGGUGGUUACCAUGGUGGCUACCGUGGUGGUCAUGACUUGGUUGAGCCGGAAGGAUAUGGAUAUGGACACGGUGGUUAUGGUGGUGGCUACCAUGGUGGGUAUGGCGGUGGUCACGGACAUUCUGAUGCGGAGCUGGAGGGGUAUGGAUCUGGAUGGCACCACGGUGGCCACAGCCACGCUGGUAGUGUUGAAUCGAUUGAGACUCAAGGAGGUGGUCAUGGUGGGCAUGGUGGCCACGGUGGUCACGGUGGCCAUGCUGUUGCUACUGAUGCUGUUAAGGUUGCCUGGAUCAUGAUGUUGUCACUGCAGCAGUGUUUCGGCAUGGGCAUCACCACGAAGAGCCCCAGUCACAAGAUCACAAAGUCAUGGAACCAAAGCUUCCACACAGUGGCAGCAGUGGCAAAUAUCACCAAGGACAGGUCACACAAAUUCCCUGGAACUGUUUGCGCUUGA